AUGGGCUGCCCCCCCCCCCCCUCACAUCAGGGUGGACCGGCCCGCUGGAGCAACAGGAAACAGCCCCCCCUCCUCCACCCUUCCUCCUCCUCCCGUCCGUCUUCUCUUGCAGGAGAGGAGCGUCACGAGCCUCCCUGUGUUCAUCCUGUCCGCAGCUGGUUAGAACAACAGGACGAAGGUUUCUCUCCCGUCAUGCAGAAGGUGGAGGGACAGGGAACCCCCGUCAACCUGCCUUGUUACAGGGGCGCCAGCACCCCGGGGUCUCCCGCCACCGGCAUCACGGCGCGCGUGAACGACCAGGUGGUGGGCUACCGAGACCUAGCAGCGCUGCCCAGAGACAAGGCCAUCCUGCAGGUGGAGAGACCGGACCUGAUGACCUACCAGCCGCACCUCACCUUCUCCCCCCACGACCCGCCGCCAAGAGAGAGAUCUCUGUCUCCUCCCGCCUGCUCUCCCACCAUGUCUCCUGAGGUGAAGGCUCGCAGAGCGGAGAGCGAGACGGAGACGGAGAAUGUUUCUCCUGGAGGAUCAACGCUGCAGCUGCAGGCCGGACGCAAGAUCAGCGGCAGCCAGCAGCAUUUCCACCGACCAGAUAACGGAGCCAACAUCUACAGGAAACCCCCCAUCUACAAACAAGAUGUGAACAAACAUGUGGAAGGCAGCGGUGUCAUUCGGUCGGCCAUGUUUCCUGCCGCUCAGCCUCCAGACCCCAACCUCCCCUCCAAGAUAGAGACCGAGUACUGGCCCUGCCCACCCUCGCUGGCUGCCAUGGAGAUCGAGUGGAGGAAGAAGAAGGAGCUGCAGGAGGAAGACGAGUUUGAGGAUCUGACAGGCGACGCAGAGACGCUGCGGGAGCAAGAGCUGGAAAAGAUCAAGUCUAACCUGGGUCGUCUCAUCCUGAAGGAGGAGAAGGAGAAAGCCGUUCAUUUUCGGAGGAAGACACAGUCACUGCCCGACAGAUCGCACAUGCACACCAGUUUGUCAGCCAGUGCAUCAAAGUCUCCUUCACACACCGGCCCAGGCUUAACCCGAAUGCAGUCUGCAGAGUUUGCCACAGACAGAGACAAAGUACAGCCAGUGCACACAUUACAUUACAGGUCAUUUAGAAGACUAGGCUAUCACCACCCCCACACAGACAUGUGCAGACAACUAUCACUGCAUUGCUGUAAAACUGAAGAAAAGUUCAACACGUGAAGAAUCUCAGUCUUGCAGUAUUGAGGAGCGUUGGACAUGUCUUCCAUGCAGG